AUGCCUAAGAAAUUUGUCGGUUUUCGGGUUAAUGAGGGCGAAGGAUGUAAACCUGCUACCAAACCCCCCAGCGAGCUCCGAUUCUUCUAUGUGGGACGGUGGAAGAUCUUUGCGGGGAUAAGUGCGGAAAUCGAGGAUGAACCUCGCUCCUCAUGGAGACUCUCUUUUUCUGGUAGCACCGCCGCCGCUCUCUCAAACUCCGUCAGUCUUGACCGCAAUCCUUAUGCUCAUUCGCCCGGUCUAGGCGCGCGCAACCUUCUUUCAACUACAACCGAGAGUGGAACCAAAAUCCCGAAGUGUUAUCGACCAGCGAAGAUGGGUGGAUUUCGUGCGGUCGAGGAUCGACCAACGCCGAAGGAGGUGUACAAUUGGCGCCUCUAUACAGAGUCUUUCAUCAUUGCGAUGGGCUCUUUGCUCUUCGGAUAUGACUCCGCUUUCAUUGGAACAACCAUUGCGCGCAAGAGUUUCGUCUAUGAAUUCGGCAUCACAUCGUUAACAUCCAAGGAGAUAUCUUCCAAUAUUACUUCAGCCUUCCAAGCUGGCGCAUUAGGAGGCGCGCUUAUGUGUUUCUUCAUCACGGAGUAUGUUGGUCGCAAGUGGGCACUCAUCAUUAGCAACAUUGUGUUUCUUGCUGGUGCUAUCCCCAUGGUCGCUGCCACGAACGACCUCGCAUACAUGUAUGCUGGUAGAGCACUCACCGGCUGGGGCUGUGGUGUGAUCACAGCCACGGUACCUUCCUACAUCGCCGAGCUAUCGGUCCCUUCAAUCCGAGGUAUUCUUACAGGUCUUUUUGAGGUCACGUACCAGACAGGAUCUUUGAUCGGCUUCUGGAUCAACUAUGGCAUCAAUCAAAACAUGAGUGCCACAAGCUCAGCAUCGUGGCGCGUGCCCAUGGCUGUUCAGCUCAUUCCCUCUGGAGCUUUAUUGAUCGGUGGAUUUCUGCUUCAUGAGUCGCCCUUGUGGCUUUACCGCAAGGGGCGCGAAGAGGAGGCGAAUAAGAACCUUGUUGCUUUGCGACACUUGCCGAUCGACCAUCAAUACAUGCAAGAGGAAGUGGAAAUGAUCCGCACCAGACUUGCUGAGGAAGCCUCGGUUGCGGCGACUUACGGCGGCGGGUUCUACGCCUACAUCCGAGGAUCGCUGCACGAACUUUCACGAAAAGGAAUGUGGAACCGUUUGCUCCUGGUCUUCUGCGCGUUUGCUUUGCAGAACAUGUCCGGUGCCGCGGCUAUUAACUACUACUCUCCCAUGCUCUUCGGUUCCAUUGGCAUCAGUGAUGUGGCCCUUUACACGGGCAUCUAUGGUCUGGUCAAGGCCGUCGCUUCCAUCAUCUUUUACGGUGCACUUAUCGAUAUUUGGGGGAGACGGAGACCGACGAUCAUUUCAUCUCUGGCCUGUUCUCUCUGUUUAUGGUUCGUCGGUGCCUACGUCAAGGUCGGUAAUCCGGCACCCAUUAUCGCCGCCGGAGGAAAGCUUUCCGCCUCGACGGAAGCUGGCGGCCGCGCCGCUACCGCCGCCAUCAUGAUCUACUCAGUAUUCUGGUCUUUCGGUUUAAAUGGUAUCCCAUGGAUCGUCUCCGCAGAGAUCUUUCCCGGUGCUCUCCGCAAUUUGACUGGAACCUUUGCCGCUUUCACCCAGUGGCUGAUCCAGUUCAUUAUCACAAAAGCUCUUCCGUACAUCUUCAGUAGUCUCGAUUAUGGCGUUUGGUUCUUUUUCGCAUGCUGGAUGCUCACAGCUACCAUCUGGGCAUUCUUCUUUCUGCCCGAAACGAAGGGUGUCACAAUCGACCAGAUGGAUGUUUUAUUCGGCUAUGAGGGUGAUCGUCGGGCCCAAGCUCCAGCUCUAAGAUCCGAUGACGCGAAGAGCGUAGAACAAGAUACCUGGUCAAAAACGUUACUUGGGGUCGGCGGUGAAGCACUUGGAACAGUUGCGACAGGCCUCUGCCAGAGGUUUUGCUGUCGAAUAUACCUCUCAGUCCAGAGACUCAUAUUCCUCUCGACUCAAACCAUUUCAAGCAACAUGAACAUAAGCCGCCACAUUUUCCAUGUCGUAACCCUGUAUUAG